AUGUACCAGAAGUCAGAACUCAUUAGAGAUCAGAUCCUUCAAAGUGCAGAGAACCCAUAUGAAUGCAACGAGCAUGGAAAAGCCUUUCACCAGCAAUUAUCUCUCAUGAGGCAUCAGAGCAUCGACAUGAGGAAAAAACCAUAUGAAUGCAGUGAGUGUGGAAAAGCAUUUUCUCAUAACGCAUACUUAAUGGUGCAUCAGAGAAUCCACACAAGGAAAAAGCAUUAUGAAUGUAUGGAGUGUGGAAACGGCUUUUCUCAUAAGCCAACCAUCAUUGCAUACCAGAGGGUCCAUACAGGGGAGAAACCUUUUGAAUGCAGUGAGUGUGGAAAUGCCUUUCCUCGUAAGUUACUCAUUUCACAUCAGAGAAUGCACACUGGAGAAAAACCUUAUGAAUGUAGUGAGUGUGGAAAAGCUUUUACUCAGAAGUCACACCUAAUCAUAUAUCAGAGAAUGCACACAGGGGCUUAUCAAUGUAGUGAGUGUGGAAAAGCUUUCACUCAUAAAUCAAGCCUAACGAUGCAUCAGAGUAUACAGAGGGGAGAAUCGUUAUAA